UAAUCCUCGUCGCUCAUUGGCUGAAUGCCGCAAGGGCUCCCAGCGCUGAAGUGCGUCACUGAUACCUUGUGAUGUUUGGCUUUGUGAGUCCGUGUGAGUGAAUGAAGAAGGCAGUUUCCGUGCGCGAACGUGCCCUUUUUAUAAAUAGUGAUCCUUUCGGCUAUUUUCGGCUAAAGUCGGAGCCAACGCUUUCAGUCGACCUUGUUUGGGCUAGCAGUCAGACACGCCUCUGGAUGUGACAGCAACACACUCAAGGUUACGACUGGAAGAAGAAUGGGCCCAGAUCUGACACAUAUCUGUUGGUCAGUCACCGUCUGACAGGAUGCAUAUCGCCGAUUUCGUGUCCGGAUCAUUUGCAGGGGCAUGUGGAGUUGCAGUGGGCUACCCUCUGGACACAGUGAAGGUCCGCAUCCAAACCCAGAAACAGUUCACUGGACUAUGGCAGUGUACAGUGGCCACAUUUUCAAAAGAAGGGGUCCAUGGCUUCUUCAAAGGAAUGUCCUUUCCCAUCACCACAAUCUCCAUGACUUCUUCAGUGGUGUUUGGCACAUACAGGAACUGCCUGCAAUGUCUAAGCCAGGCGCGAGGAGAUGGCUGUGGUCCAAACACCAAACUCGAAGUCUUCCUGUCUGGUUUGGUAGCAGGUAUAGCUCAGAUAUCAGUCAUGUCUCCAGGUGACAUUGUAAAAGUACGUCUGCAGUGUCAGACAGAGUCCAAGCGAGGAGGAACCAACAUUCCCAAACCCAGGUACCAUGGCCCAGUUCACUGUGUGCUGAGCAUUAUCAAAGAGGAGGGGAUCAUGGGGCUCUACAGAGGAGCACUCCCACUCAUGCUAAGAGACGGGCCAUCAUACGCCACAUAUUUUUUGACUUACGCAUACAUCUGUGAAUGGCUGACAGAAAACGGCAAGAAUAGACCAGAUUGGAGUGGUGUGAUGCUGGCCGGGGGAAUAGCAGGAAUGGCAGCUUGGACAAUAGGAACACCUAUGGACGUGAUCAAAGCGCGCCUGCAGAUGGACGGAGCACUGGGCAUGAAGCGAUACAAUGGGUUUUAUCACUGCAUCACUGAGACAGUGAGGACGGAGGGGGUAGGAGUGUUCUUCAGGAGCUUAGGCAUCAACUGUCUGCGAGCAUUCCCCGUCAACAUGGUGGUGUUUGUUACAUACGAGGUUCUCACUGGUUUCCUCCGAGGCGGACCUGACGGUGCUUCAUUUAGGGUUUGAGUAGUAUUGACCAGGGAUGGACUGGCAAUCUGGCAUACCGUGCAUUUGCCUGGUGGGCCGACGUGCUACGUGGGGGUUGUUGUGGGCUGCUCUGGUCCAAAAUGCCAGGGCCGAUUUUUUUGUCCCAGUCCGCCCAUGGUAUUGACUACCUCAAGUCUCAAUGUUCUGUUGGGGUUUGUCUUUCUGUUUAAUGGUACAUAAUGGCAAAGACAUGAAAAUGUAUUUUGCAUUGCAGUGUUCUUAAGAUUUUUUUUUUUUUCACUAACAUCUGUUACAUGUAUAAUAUUCAGUUAGAUAGGGUUAAGUAUCCUAAUAUGCUCAGGAAAAAUUGCAGUCAUGGGCACUGCUGGUGCCAUAGAUUGGAACAGCAACCUUCUAACCACUAGAUGGCAUCCAUGACCAGCAUGUUACUUCUGCUCCAUAUUGAUGAUCAGUAAACUGUCCACAAGACUAGUGUAGCUAGAAGAACAGUGUACCAAGAAAUGUUAACUUUAAUUUUAAUUUAAUGUUUUUAGACAGUUGAAUUAGAAAGUUAGGCUUUGACAACUGUGUUCAAAACCUUUUAAGGUCUGGGUGAGCUGCAGCACGCACAAUGCAACAAGCAUGGUACUCGUCCAUACCCAUGCAGCAUGUAGACAUAUCAAUGGCAACUCUUUUCCAGCUCAGCAGAAAAAUGGCAAGGCUGGACAGUCUGAAUAAAACAUAUUUUGAUAUUUUAAACCUUGGUGAAAUGUAUUUAUGAAAGGAUUAUCCUAUAAAUAGAAUUAUCAUGAGAAGCAGUAGACUCAGGUUCUGGCUAAAUGUUUGCAUAUCAGUACGGACAGAAAAGAUGCUGUUAAAAUCCAAUACUGAAAUCCUCAACGCAAACCGUCUGUAAACUGAACAUGUGACUCAUUUGUUUUAUUCCAUCCUAACAGUUAUAUUUCUCAAAAUACAAAUGUACAUUUUAAGCAGUGUUACUGAUGUAUGACUGAUUUCAGAGUGUGAGACAGUUAAAUCAGAGUUUCCCAACCCACCAGGGAAAAAAUGUGAAUUUGUGAAUGUGAAAAAUGUAUCUGUAUAAUUAUGAUGGACAUGCUUAUUGUGCCUUUCAUAGUAAAGGUUGUUGAUAAAUGAAA